AUGGCGGCUAUGUUGAGAGGCUGUCGCAUGUUAGAAAGUGUGCCAUUCUUGGUGAGUAAAGUGGACAAAGAACCGUCAAAAUUGUUGUUCGUCAUAUGAAUCUCAUGUUGUUUUCUUUUUUGACAAAAUUAUUUCGUCCUUGGUCUAUGACAGGCUCGAAGUCUGAGUGUCUCGUCUGCCCGAUGUGCUGAGCUAGCCGCUAAGGUAAAUUUACUAGCACUACAUGUUCAUAUAUGUUUACAAGCUUCUGUUGGUUCUGAAUAGUGAAUUUCUUGACAAAAAACUGAGUAUUACUAACUUGAAAUGAACACAGCCCCCGUAAAACGAUGAUCUGUUUACAUAAUUUGUGGUUGAAUCGUUAUUUACGAUAGUAUAUUACAUGCUUCUUUUUACGUGACUUCGUAGAUAUUCUUAAGAUUUAGACUGAUUUAGAUGACGAAGUAUCGUGAAGCUUUUUCGUGGUUUGCAUUUUGUGUUGUUUUAAAUCUUUAAUAAUAGACUAAAAGUAAUGGGUAAAAUUAGUGAUGUGCAUGGGAUUCGUGUUUUCUUAAGAUAAACAAAUACAGUAAUUUGGCUCUGUGAGAAAGGUCAAUUUGUAUCACUUUGUGGCUGAUCAAACUUGAAAAUGAUUAUAGUGCAGGGGGAAAGAAAUAACCAGUCAUUCAGAAAAGUCAUGACAGUGUAGCAGUAGAUGUUAAAUUUACUUGCUUGUUGAAACUCUAGCAAUCUGUACUAAUGAAAAACUUUAUGAGAUUUGAAGUGUCACCAUUACCACCAAUGAUCAUUUGAGACUGAGGUCAAGAGUGACAUGAUAGCACCCAAACCCUGAAAUUGCCAGGCAUCCAAACUAAUAUGUAGAAUAUUUUGACUUAAAGAACUGAUUGUGAAAUGAGGGACUCAAUCUGGAUAGGUAAUCCUUAAUGAAUAAUAUGCCUGAAUUUUAACACAAUGAUGUCUUGGAAAUUAACUUGCAUCUUUUCUCUGUUCCCCUCUCAAACCAGUAGAAAUGUAGGGUAAUGUAAGAUUUAGAAAUAUAAUAGUAUUGUUGUCCUGUGUAAAUUUUGAUCAUUGUAAAAUACAAUUUGUUUCUCUUACAGCCUCCUAUACAAGUGUUUGGUGUAGAAGGCCGCUAUGCACAUGCUUUGUACUCUGCUGCAGCUAAACAAAAGCAUUUGGAGAAGGUUGAGAGUGAAUUACUGAAUGUCGAUGAGCUUAUAAGUACAAAUGAAAAACUCUCUGAAUAUCUUGCAAAUCCAACUUUGGACAAGUACAAGAAACAAUGUAAGGGUUGACAUGCUAAUCUGUAUCAAUGGUAUCAGUUUAUACAGUCCAGUCUUAACUAAAAGUAAACACUAUUUGGUCUUGUUAACAAAGAGUCAUAUCAAUUUAAAAAGGGAAGAUUUCUGCCUAAAAUUUGCUUUUCAACCUAUGUGUGAUAUCAGGGAGUUUAACUCUGAGCAAUGAACUGUUUAAUGUGGUGAAAAGGUCAUUUGGCCUCUUUUCAUUAUUGUUUCCUGUUUUGCAAUGUAGUUAGACAAGUUCAUACUGGUACCCACUUUUACACUUGCCUAUUUGUUGCUUGACAAAAAGAAAGAACAUGUUAUCUGAAUUCUUUACUGUUAAAACCUUGAUUGGCGAGUUUGACAACCAGUACAAUUUUUUUAAGUUUUGAUGUUUUAGAAUUUUUUUAUUAGUUUAAAGAAGCUAAAGAAGAUUGUCAUUUUUCACUGAUAUACAAUGGUUAGUCUUAAUUUGAUUUUGGCUCUGACUUUCUUCCUUUAGCACUUCUUACUGAUGUGUUGAAAUCACAAAAAUAUACUGAUAUUACAGUGAACCUUUUUGGUGAGUUUUCUUGUUUUUAAAUUUCCUAUUCCUUCAUGUUAUCCUCUUAAGUGAAAUUGCAUUAAUUGUUGCUUUUAGAUCUCCCAUGUUUACUUCUAGCUUGAGGGUUAGAAUACAUGUAUUAUGUUUUUUUCUUUUAAUUUUUUAUUUUGCAAAAUUACAAGAUUACAAUACUACAUGACUAAAAUGCUAGUAUACUACAUCACUAAAAUGCUACGAUACUACAAGAAAUUACACAAAAAAUUACUUAAUUACAAUACCAGCAUAAAGACCACACCCAAAAUAAAAAAAAAUUACAGUAUUAAUUCCCCUAAUUGUACAAAAUUACAGCAUAGCUGUGAAAAUGCUAGUAAUAUUGAGACAUACGUGUAAGCAAGUGUUUGUCAAGCAAGUAUUUGCAUUAGUAAAUCCAAUAACACUCUUGUUUUGGGUUUCUUUUUACAGCAAUAUUGGCAGAAAACAACCGCCUUGGUUUAGUCCAUAAUGUAGUUUCUGCAUUUGGCAAACUUAUGAGUGCAGCCAGAGGUGAAGUGUUGUGUUCCAUAACAACUGCCAAGGUUUGUUUUAGUUCUUCAGAAGUAUAUUUGAUUACCUGCUAUAUUAUUAUUACAAAGCAAUAUUAUGACAUGUAAUCCCCUACAAGUGUAUUUGUUUUUAAUGCAGAGUUACUAUGAAGGGAGUUCCUACAAAGUACCAGUAUAGUGUUGCUUUGUACUUUUACAGUCUUUCUCUCCAUAUCCUAAAGCCCAUUAUCUUUCAAUUAGGGAAGUGUGAAACCUUCAACUUUUUUUUUUACAAUUUCAGUGCUUGAUUGAUAUUGUGUACAGAGUUGAGGGAAGAUAAACUUGAUGAUUUAUACCAAAUGAGUUCCUGCUCCUGAUCAGUUUCUUAUGUUCCAUUAUCAUGACAAGAUAAAUUUGAUGUGUAGUUUGUGUGUAAGGUUUUACUCAGAACCCAUUCAUGGGUCUGAUUUAUAGUUUAUCACUGCAAUGGUUAUUUCAUAUCUUGAAAUUAAUUUUUGAUUACACACAAAUUUACACAUGUAUUACAUCUUUGUAACUAUUACAUCUGUGGUCAGUUAAGUCUCCCCUGUUUUUUGUAUGAAUUGCAGUUAUAAUGAAUAUUGGGAAGUGUGUUCAGUAUAGUGUUGAGCAUCUGUACAUGUGAGUGUUACAGAAGUAACACUCAUGAAGUUGAAUUUGAGUAAUGACUUCAUCUCUUUCAGUUCCAAGAGCUGUACAUUACUUGAAUGUACAUUUUAUUCUAGUGAAGGAAUUACGGAAUGUCUUUCUUUUUUUGGUUUUCUUCCAACUUAAAUUAAUACUGUUUUUUGGAUCGCAGUAGUAAAAACAUAAAUAAGAGUCAAGUUAACUAAUUAAGAUAAACAAACUAGAAACAAAAAAUGAAUCCAAAGGAAAAAAAUACAUUGUCCUUACACUGAUAAGGCUCAAUAUAUAAUUGUAAAAAAUCGACUUCUAAUAACAGAAUUAUACCAAGCAAGACUUUAAGUAAACUGACUUGAAAAGGGAUUAUGUUUAAAACAAACUGGCUUUUAAUACAAGAGGACUGCAAAAUAGCUUGGGGUAUGAUAAACAUGCAAAAAAGUGUAACUGACGAAGACAAAUGCUAACAAACUUAACCCUUUAACCCCCAAAAGUGAUUAUCAUGGAACUUCUCCCUAUAAUAUCUGUUCACUAUUCAUCCAAUACCCAAACUUAUCUGAUCAGAGUUGCUAUCUUAAUCUAACACCAAAUUCUUGUAACUUAUUUACAAAGAAAUGUGUAGCAGCUAUAGGGGAGAACUAACAAUUGGAUCUUGGGAGUUAAAGGGUUAACAGAAACACUAACAAGGAGGUAUGAAAAGAAAAGAAUGUAAUAAAUAAAUACAAAUUACAUAAAAAAUAACUAUCAAGCACUUAGAUCUUACAAGUAAUGUGUACAUGUGAUUACUGCUUUGCUUUCUCAGGAAUUGGAUUCUUCUCAAUUGAAAGAGUUGCAAGCAGCAUUGAAAGGUUUUGUACAAAAGAAUGAAACUCUUAAGAUUGAAACUAAGGUGAGUAAACCACCACUGGCUUUCUUUUCAUCCUAGUUGAGUGGUCUUUUAUACUACAUUUCUAGUGCGCACUUGCUGUAAUCUCUCCAUUUAGCACUUUUUUGGCUUACUUUCCUCCAGACACUCUUAAGAGUUACUGGAACUUGUAAGAGAGAGAGAGGGUUGGGGAGGGAGGUGGCUGGCUGGGGGGAAGCUUGAGAGGAUAUAUAAAGUUAGUCAAUAUUGUUUUUUGAGGUAGCAUUAUAACCAACAACAUUUAAUAUUUGCUCUUCUGGGUCACUACAAACAUAACCUAAUUUGAAGUGGACUUUUUGACCAAAGAGAUGUCUUCAGGCAUCCUGUUUUUCAUUUAAGAGCAUGACUUUAAGCUUAUGGACUGAGGCUAAAAUUGCCACAUGGAUAGGAUCACUGUAACAUUUAGAGCUUAUUAGCGUUGCUCAGGGGUCUGCUAACUUGUUACCUCCUAUAGAUCGACCCUUCAGUGAUUGGAGGAAUGGUUGUGGAAAUUGGUGACAAACGCAUAGACAUGUCCAUGGCCACAAAGAUAAAGAACAUCACAAAUUCACUGCGAGAAAGUGUCUAAUAUUUUUGGAGUUGUAAGUUCUGAGAUUUCCCAAGUUGUUCAAUAAAGGUUCAAUUGUUUGAUGACUAAAAAUUAAUUUGAUUGUAAUGAUUUAAUAAGUUGUGAAAUAUCUGCUCUUUGGAUGUAGUGUAGUUGAAUAUAUAUGAAUGUUGAGAAUCUUUUUAACUCUCAAGAAUGCAUUUACCCCCAAGUGUGAUUUUCCUCAUUGGGAAAUAAAUGGAUGAGAAAUUCUUCUGUUGAUUAAUUAUAAGAAUUUACUUUGGGAUCAAAUUGUCUGGUUUCAGUGCUCAAGCGUGGUUUUUUUUAAAGAAUUGGUUG